AUGCUGUCGUCGAUGCCGAAACCGAGCCCAAAGCCGAUACCAACUCCGAUUCCUCUGCCCGAUGGAAUCGGAUCGCCACCGCCGUUGAAUAGGAUUGACCAGCGACCGGUUCCUUUGGUCGAAGUGAAUAAGAUCGACCGUUCCGAGUUUUUUGGACUAGCCCGUGAUGUCAGCUCCAAGCUGAAUACUGUCGUCGAUCCCAAAACCGCAAGCGAGGCCGAAUCCGAUGUUGAUUCCCUAGCCAAUACCGGUGUUGCUACCAGCGCCAAAGGCGAUCUCAACCCUGAUUCCUUGAAAAUGCUCCAGCUCCUCCCUCGUAUUCGAGUUCUUUCCUCAAUAAUAGCUUGUCCUGCUAUCACUACUACUACCGACCAGGACGCUCGAUCUGAACUGUAA